AGACAUUCCGGAAGUUGUACAUAGAAGGUGAACUUAUAAACAGGUCUAGCUAGCAGAUUAUCUCAGAUAACUAGCCGAAUUCAGUUGUAGAGUGUGAAGGAUAAUGAAAUAACAGUAUUUUCUGUUCAUUGUUUGUGUAUACAACGUUUAACAAUUACAGCUAAAAUUACGUAAAGUCGGUUGCCGGAAAUUAAAGCUCCUGAGUGAAGAGGUCUGAAAACCGGAGCUAGCAUUAUUUGUUUCGUAUGUUGCUAGCAAGCUAGUUUGCAUCAGUGCCGUACCUCGACGAUUUCCACAGAUAUAACAGCACGUGUGCGGGUUUCCAAUGGCAGACGACUUUGAUAUCGAGGCGAUGCUUGAAGCACCUUACAGGAAGGGUGACAGCAAGUCGUAUAGUGCAAACGGCUAUGAAGAACACAGCAGGAAGAAAAGGCACAGUCGGAGUCGCAGCCCAAGUCCAGACCGCCGUAGGAGCAGAGAGCGCAAGAAGGGCAAGGACAAGCGUAGGAGCCGCAGUCGGGAGAAGAGGCGAUCACGUAGCAGAGACCGCCGUUCUCGAAGUCAUGAAAGGCAUGGACGUUACCGAGGUCACAAAAGCCCCCACCGCAAGAGCCCGUUUAAGAAAGAGAAGAGCCCAUUUAAGAAAGAGAAGAGCCCGUUUAAGAAAGAGAAGAGCCCAAUCAGGAAGCCUAUUGAUAAUCUGAGUGCAGAGGAGAGAGAUGCUCGCACAGUAUUCUGCAUGCAGCUGGCUGCCAGAAUCAGACCCAGAGAUCUGGAAGAGUUCUUCUCUGCUGUGGGCAAAGUGCGUGAUGUGAGGAUGAUUUCAGACAGAAACUCUCGCAGGUCAAAGGGUAUUGCAUAUGUGGAGUUUGUGGAGGCCACCUCUGUGCCCCUGGCUAUUGGGCUGACAGGACAGAGGCUGCUGGGAGUGCCGAUCAUUGUUCAAGCCUCACAGGCCGAGAAAAACAGGGCGGCAGCGGCGGCGGCAGCCCAUAACCUACAAAAAGGCAGUGCAGGACCAAUGCGCCUCUAUGUGGGCUCUCUGCACUUCAACAUCACAGAGGAAAUGCUCAGAGGCAUAUUCGAGCCCUUUGGGAAGAUUGAAAGCAUCCAGUUGAUCAUGGACAGUGAAACGGGCAGGUCAAAAGGUUAUGGCUUUAUAUCGUUUGCAGAUGCUGAAUGUGCCAAGAGAGCCCUAGAGCAGCUGAACGGUUUUGAGUUGGCUGGGCGGCCCAUGAAGGUGGGUCAUGUGACGGAGCGUUCAGAUGGCUCAUCAGCCAGCUCUUUUUUGGACAACGAUGAACUGGAUAGAACGGGCAUUGACUUGGGCACCACGGGCCGCCUGCAGCUGAUGGCCCGACUUGCUGAAGGUACAGGGUUACAGAUUCCUCCAGCUGCAAAGCAGGCUCUGCAGAUGAGUGGUUCUAUCCCAUUUGGUACCCUUCCAGGAGUGAUCCCAGCACCAAGCAUGAACCAGGCCAUGAACCUCCCCACCCAACCUCUGGCUACUCACUGCCUUCAGCUCUCCAACAUGUUCAGCCCACAGUCAGAAAACGAGCCUGGCUGGGAUACAGAGAUUCAGGAUGAUGUCAUUGAAGAGUGUAAUAGGCAUGGAGGCAUUGUUCAUAUAUAUGUAGACAAGAAUUCUACUCAAGGCAAUGUGUAUGUGAAGUGUCCGUCUAUCCCAGCUGCCAUGGCUGCUGUCGGUGCCCUACAUGGACGCUGGUUUGCAGGCAAAAUGAUCACUGCCGCCUAUGUACCCCUUCCAACCUACCACAACCUGUUCCCGGACUCAGUCACAGCCAUGCAGCUGUUGAGACCCACACGCCGGUGAUCCACACUCCUGCUUCACAGUCCAAUUCUUCUGACUCGGUGUCUCUGCAUAGCCUGGAGAUGCAAAAUUCGCCCUGCCCUUUUUUAGGACAGCUGCAGUCUGUCCCAGGAGGUCCAUAGCACAUUCUAGAUCUCAGAGGUACACAGUUGUCUGAGGGUGUAGAUGAAAGCUGGCUGGACUAGAUUAGCCCCCCCCCCCCAAAAAAAAAGGCCCCAAACAGUUAUCCUGGAUGUUCUCUGCUGUCUGGGAUCACUUUACGUUUUUAGCUUUUUGUAAUCACACUUUUCCUUUUUGUAAAGAACUCUGCAAUUAAAAUGGCUUUGAAAAUAA